AUGAUAGACGAUCGCUUUAGCAUUCUGCGAGCUGAGUUGGAGGCAAGUCGGCCAUGGUCUCGUGAGGUUACCUUCAUGGAGUUUGAUGUUUGUGGGGCUCCACAAUUCAUGGGAAAUAGGCAGCAUAUCGUCAGUAGAUGUUGGAUCAUCGAUGUAGAGAGUGCAUUUCUUGCCAGCUUUUAUUCAACAGAGGCUAAGUUCAGGUUUGCAGCGUGUCUGUUGCAUAAUAGAGAUGCAGAUUUACAGCGCAAGGUUGUUCAGGGCCUCAGACUAGGAGUGGUUGAGUCUAUGACCUGA